UAGAAAGAUCAAGAGAAUCAAAUUCGACACUUUUUAUUGGGUUCUUUGUUGUUGGUAUUAAUUUAUAAACUUUUAAUUAAAGAUAAUUAUUGGGCGUGAGUUUAUGGAUAAAUUUGCCGGCAGCAAAAUGUCAUAAGUUCAUUGGGUCACUUAUAUAACUUAUCAUCUCAAUAAAGAAAAAGUAACGUUAUGGGAUUAGUACAUGAUCGAUAUGGGAUUAGUACGGGAUCGAUAUGGGAUUAGUACAGGAUCGAUAUGGGAUUAGUACAGGAUCGAUAUGGGAUUAGUACAGGAUCGAUAUGGGAUUAGUACAGGAUCGAUAUGGGAUUAGUACAGGAUCGAUAUGGGAUUAGUACAGGAUCGAUAUGGGAUUAGUACAGGAUCGAUAUGGGAUUAGUACAGGAUCGAUAUGGGAUUAGGACAGGAUCGAUAUGGGAUUAGGACAGGAUCGAUCUCAAAAUUUUCAAGAAAAAAUAAGUGCAAACGAAAGAAUUCCUUUAAAAAAAAAAGGUAUGUAUUUAAAAAAUAUACAUAGUUUACAAAUGUCUGAACUCGACCCAGUCAAUCAACAUGGCCGCCUCGUCCCCUUGCCAGGUCGGGAGCCAUUCGUUGCGCGCAUUCCAGAAAUCUUCAGCGGCGUGAGGAGAGUUGUUGGCCCAUGGCUUCCUGACUCCGUAGUUGAUGCCAUCGGGGAAGAAACCAUUGGUGCCUCCGACGGCGACAUUGAAGAUCAUGUAGAA